CCACUGGGUUUUUCUCUGCAGUUUAUAAAAGUUCUUGGUGGGUUUGUGGAGCCUACAAAGGUUAUAAACUUGGUCAGAUCCGUGGCCUGGGACCCUUCAUUUUUUUAAAAAAUUUGUUGGCCUCCCCUUCAAGCGGUGUGUGUACCUUUGCUUUCAGACCCAAAAAUUCUCCAUCUCUCUCAGAAACAGUGAGACUUUGUUGUUUAGAGAGAGAAUAGAGGGGGCGAGUGGGGUUAUUCUGUUAGCAUUUUAGAGGGAGUGUUUGUCUAAUAUCAGAAGGCCAGGGGUCAGCAGCCACUUGGAUUUUCUUUUUUCUUCCUCUGAAAAAGGGGUGUCACAUUCAGAAUGCAAGUUUUAGAUUUUGUGUAAUGAGUUAAAGAAUGAGCUUUUGUGGAUAUGGACGUUGGAGAAGAAAGCUCCCGGUUUGGGUCCUUGCCUGCUACAACUUCUAGAAAUUUGUCGUCGUCGUCUUCGACGUUCUUUUCAGCACUUCCUUCGCCAUUCUUUUCUCCACGGUCAUCGACAUGUCGAAGGUCAGAAGCAACAAAGGCUGACAUGGGAUGUGAAAGCAUGGACUUCAGAGUUGAUCCGGUAAACUCAAGUGUGGUGGUUCCAGAUUCUGAAUCUUUGUUGAAAGCUAAAUUUGCAGUUUCGGAUUUGAUUCGAAAUCCAGAAACUUGUACUCCGGGUGAUUGUCGGAAGCUCGAUCAGGCUUCAUCGUCAACUGGUGUAUCUGGAAGUACUCCUUAUAGUAGAAGCCUUCCUCAUGGAAAUAACUAUUUGAGGCCUAGAGAAAUGUACAAAAAGCUUAGCAGAAGUAACUUUACUUCUUACACAGCCGAUCCGAUUUCGAUUUCCUCGACUAGACUAAGGAGUUAUGACGUUUUCAUAGGUUUGCACGGUUCCAAGCCUUCAUUGCUGCGGUUUGCUAAUUGGCUUCAAGCAGAGAUGGAGGUUCAUGGGAUGAGUUGCUUUGUGUCUGAUAGAGCAAAAUGUAGGAAUUCUCGCAAGCAUCGAGUUAUUGAGAGGGCGAUGGAUGCAUCCUCGUUUGGAGUUGUGAUUCUAACAAAGAAGUCGUUCCAGAAUCCUUACACCAUCGAGGAGCUGCGGUUUUUUUCUGGUAAGAAGAACCUGGUUCCAAUAUUUUUUGACUUGAGUCCAGGAGAUUGUCUUGCCAGAGACAUUGUGGAGAAAAGGGGAGAUUUGUGGGAAAAACAUGGUGGUGACUUGUGGAUUCUGUAUGGAGGAUUGGAGAAGGAAUGGAAAGAAGCCAUCAAAGGGCUUUGUCGGGUCGACGAGUGGAAAUUCGAAGCUCAGAAUGGUAACUGGAGGGACUGCAUACUGAAAGCCGUUAUGCUACUUGCAAUGAGGUUGGGAAGGCGAAGCAUUGUCGAGCGCUUGACGAAAUGGAGGGAGAAGGUAGAGAAAGAAGAGUUCCCUUUCCCCCGAAACGAGAAUUUCGUAGGCAGGAAGAAAGAAUUAUCAGAGCUAGAGUUCAUACUUUUUGGGAAUAUAGCUGGUGAUUCCGAAAGAGAUUACUUCGAACUUAUAGCUCGACCGAGACGAAAGAAUCUGACCCUUGGCUGCAGUAAAAGCAGCUCACUUGAAGAGAAACAGCACCAACAAGCAGUAGAAACACGAAACAAGAAGGGUAAAGAACCUAUUGUGUGGAAGGAGUCCGAAAAAGAGAUCGAAAUGCAAAGCAUUGAAUUUCCUCAGCGGCAUCGACGACUGAAGACAAAAAGUGGGGAAAGGUAUGCCAAGAGAAAGAAAACAGCCAAAAUUUUGUACGGAAAAGGUAUAGCUUGUGUUUCGGGGGACUCGGGAAUCGGUAAGACCGAGCUUCUUUUAGAAUUCGCGUAUCGACAUCACCAAAAGUACAAGAUGGUUUUAUGGAUUGGAGGUGAAAGCAGAUAUAUCAGGCAGAAUUAUCUGAACUUAGGUUCCUUCCUAGAAGUUGAUGUAGGAUUUGGAAGCUUUUCAGCUAAAAGCAAGAUCAAGAAUUUUGAGGAGCAGGAAGAGGCAGCCAUUUCAAGAAUUCGUACAGAGCUGAUGAGAAACGUUCCGUUUUUGCUGAUAAUCGAUAAUUUAGAGUGCGAAAAGGAUUGGUGGGAUCACAAACUUGUGAUGGAUCUUCUCCCUCGUUUUGGUGGCGAGACGCAUAUCAUAAUAUCCACUCGACUUCCUCGUGUAAUGAAUUUGGAACCGUUGAAACUGUCUUACUUGUCGGGGGCUGAAGCAAUGUGUUUAAUGCAAGGAAGCGUUCGAGACUACUCGAUUGCAGAGAUCGAUGUUUUGAGAAUGAUCGAAGAGAAAGUUGGAAGGUUAACGUUAGGCCUUGCGAUAAUUGGUGCGAUCUUAUCUGAGCUUCCCAUAACACCAACUAGAUUGUUGGAUACAACCAAUAGAAUGCCUGUCAAAGAUCAAUCAUGGAGUGGUAGAGAAGCUCAUGUUUUCCGACGCAAUACGUUCCUUAUGCAGCUUUUCGAAGUGUGUUUCUCCAUUUUCGACCAUGCCGAGGGGCCACGGAGCUUGGCAACUAGAAUGGCUCUAGCGAGUGGUUGGUUCGGUCCUGCUGCUAUUCCCAUUUCGCAAUUAGCCCUUGCAGCUCACAAGAUACCCGAAAAGCGACAGCGAACGAGGUUAUGGAAGAAGUUGUUACGUUCCAUGGCUUGUGGUAUUACUUCAUCUUACAUGAAAAAGUCAGAAGCGGAAGCAACUUCCAUGCUGUUAAGGUUCAAUAUGGCAAGAAGCAGUGCCAAACAGGGAUGUCUACAAUUCAAUGAUCUCGUAAAGCUAUAUGCACGCAAGAGAGGCGUGGACGGAGUUGCACAAGCGAUGGUUCAAGCUGUCAUGACGCGCCCCUCGAUCAUUCAUCACUCCGAACAUUUGUGGGCAGCUUGUUUCUUGCUCUUCGGGUUUGGUCGGGACCCUGUAGUCGUCGAACUCAAAGUCUCGGAGCUAUUGUACGUCAUAAAAGAAGUGGUCUUGCCGCUUGCCGUGAGGACAUUUCUCACAUUCUCCCAAUGCACCACCGCGUUGGAACUUCUCCGGCUAUGCACGAACGCAUUAGAAGCUGCCGAUCAAGCCUUCGUCACACCGGUCGAGAAGUGGUUCGAUAAGUCACUUUGCUGGAGGCCAGUUCAAACAACUGCACAGCUGAAUCCUUAUCUUUGGCAGGAGCUAGCUCUGUGCAGAGCAACACUAUUAGAAACCCGAGCGAGGCUAAUGCUAAGAGGGGGACAAUUCGACAUCGGGGACGAUCUAAUCCGAAAGGCCAUCUUCAUCAGAACUUCGAUAUCAGGCGAGGAUCAUCCAGAUACAAAAUCCGCUCGAGAAACUCUCAGUAAACUCAAUAGGCUUAUUGCUAAUUUCCAUAUUCAUUCUCCUCCAUAGGUUCAAUAAUUUUGUUUAUUAGGUAAAGUUUUUAGUAGCUAGAUUGAUUAUAUACCAGAAUGUCAAAUAAACCAGUGUAUACUUUCCCAGCAAAUUCUUUAAUACCAAUCUAAC